UGCCUCUCGGGGUAAUGAAGGACAAAGAAUAAUACGGGAAAAUGGCGACGUAUCUGUGGCGAAAAUAACAGGAUAUUUUUGAGAAAAUAGGACGUGACAGCCAUGGCAGAAUUAUUGUGUACACAUUCACACAUUCCUUUACCUGUAGGAAUUAACGAUGGCUGUAUGAGCAGUCGAAAAUCUUCAUCUUCAGACAAUGAUUCGUCGUCGAAGGAUAUCAACAGAUUUGAGAAUUGUCAAUUUGCUAAUAUUUCUGAACGGAAGGCUGUAAACAUCGAGUUCACAGAUCUGGUUUACAGUGUGAAACAAGGACGUCAUAAAGAUGAAAAAGUUAUAUUAAAGAAUGUGUCAGGACAGUUCAAUGCAGGGAACUUGACGGCCAUCAUGGGUCCCUCGGGAGCUGGUAAAUCCUCCCUGAUGAACAUACUUGCAGGAUACAGGACAAAGAAUAUCACAGGUCAGAUCCAGGUCAAUGGCCACGACCGCGACUUACGUCGAUUCCGUAAAAACUCGUGCUACAUCAUGCAAGACGAUCACCUCCUUCCCCAUCUUAGUGUAGAGGAGGCCAUGAUGUGCUCUGCCCACCUCAAACUCGCCGAGAAGAUGUCGCUCAAAGAAAAAGAAGACCUGGUUGAUGAGAUUCUGGAGGCACUGGGACUGAUGGCAACAAAGAAGACAAGGACCAUUAAAUUAUCGGGCGGUCAGCGGAAACGUCUGUCCAUCGCACUAGAGCUGGUCAACAAUCCUCCAAUAAUGUUUUUUGAUGAGCCCACAAGUGGGCUGGACAGUGCCUCGUGUUUCCAGUGUGUAUCGGUACUGAAGGCUCUGGCCGGUGGUGGAAGGACCAUUGUAUGUACCAUACAUCAGCCUAGCGCCAAACUCUUUGAAAUGUUUGAUUACCUGUACAUGUUAGGGGAAGGAAACUGUAUAUACAGAGGAACCAUCAACAACGUCAUUCCAUACUUCAAUUCUGAAGGCUGUGUCUGUCCUCCGUACCACAACCCUGCAGACUUUGUGAUGGAGAUUGCUGCAGGAGAAUGUGGAAAUGACAAGGUUGUGCAGCUUAUCAUGUCUGUCAAAAACGGGAAGUGUGAGGAGCUGGCACUCCAGGACAAAGUUAAAGCCAUAAAGGAAGGUCUAGAGGAGGGUUCAGAGGUCAAGGCCAUCAGUAAUGGUGUAUCAAAUGGUAUGGCAACAAAGCAUGCUGAUGACGACGAGUCGUAUAUGAAUAACCUUGAUGAGAAACAUAAACUGAUGAAAUGUAACGGACAUACAAACGGACAUGUAACAAAUGUGGCAGUCAACAAACUACAGAACGGUGAUACAAAGAGAUUCCCUUCACAGGAUGGUGAUGGCAAGGAAAUUCUGACGUUUGCGACCAGCAGUUUUACACAAUUCCGAAUCCUCUUUAUCAGGACGUUUAUGUCGAUAAUGAGAGAUACAACGCUGACAAGACUACGACUUAUAUCACACUUGAGUGUAGGAAUCAUGAUUGGCUUGCUGUACCUGGGGAUCGGUAACGAGGCCAGUAAAGUGCUAAAUAAUGCCAGCUUCCUGUUCUUUUGUCUCCUGUUCGUCAUGUUCGCUGCCCUGAUGCCCACAGUCAUGACUUUUCCACUGGAGAUGGCAGUGUUUGUGAGGGAACACCUGAACUACUGGUACAGCGUUAAGGCCUACUAUCUGGCUAAAACAAUGGCAGACAUGCCGUUCCAGAUAAUUUUCCCGCUUGUGUACGGUAGUAUAGUGUACUGGAUGACAUCACAACCAAAUGAUUUCACGCGGUUUGUGAUGUUCCUGACAUUAGCCACACAAACUUCCCUUGUCGCCCAGUCUCUUGGCCUACUUAUUGGAGCGGCAACAUCUUUACAGGUCGCCGUAUUCCUGGGACCGGUGACAGCUAUACCUAUCCUCCUAUUUAGUGGUUUCUUUGUCAACUUUGAAACCAUACCAGCCUACCUACAAUGGUUGUCUUAUGUAUCCUAUAUAAGAUUUUCCUUUGAGGGAGUGCUACAGGCUAUUUAUGGUAACGACCGGGAGUCGCUGGACUGUGAUAAAGAACGAUGCAUGUUCAACAUGCCAGAACAAAUCCUCAAGGAAAUGGAUGUAGAGGGAGCCAAGUUCUACGUCGAUUUCAUUGUGCUGUGUGUGUUCUUCGUCAUCCUCCGAGUUGGUUGCUAUUUUGUUCUGAGGUGGAGAGUCAAAGCUCAGAGAUAAAGGCUGUAAUGUUUGGAUGGAAACCUGCAAGGUUUAUCAAACAAAAAUAUAUAAAGAAACACUUUCUUUUUCUACAAAUUUCAUGAGAUUAAAGUGUGUUUUAUACUUGUGUAAGGAAAUUAUUGUGUAAGGAAAUUAUUGACAAACUUCACAGAAUUUUAAGAGAAGUCUAUUCUUGCCUUCAUAGUCUGGUUUGAGUGCAAGAUUUAUUUAAUGCAAGGGAGUGCAAUGAUACUAUGUCCAAAGUUGGCUUAUAGAGUUUCUACUAUGUCUUCAACAUGGAUUAUUUAAUUGUAACCAUGUCUACCGCUGGGUUUAGUGAUCACCCAAUCAGCAGCUCUGUUUUAUAAAGUUUUAAAGCUGUAUAAUUGUAACAGAUUUAGACUAUAUUAAGGCGUAGAGAAUUGUUGCCAUGACAGUUUUCUCAAAUUUAUUUUGUUUCAUAUAUAGGAAUAUUGAAGAAACAACACCAUAUAUGGCUGGGGUCGAUAUAUACACUGUCAUCCAUAAAAACUAUUCCAAAGCUCUUGACUUGAAGAAAUAUUUUAAGUGCAUCAGAAACUCCCAACUUUGCAACUUCUUGAAGAUUAUAAACUUGUUGGUGACAAUGAAAUUUUUUAUGAAAAAAUAGCCCACCCACCUUGAUAAAGUUUCGUGGAUGGUCAAGCUUUUAGGGAGGGACCUAUUUUUCAAGAUGUUCAAAAAAUGCAUAACAGAUGUUUUCUAAAAGAUAUACCAUAAUAUAACACUGAAUGAAUUAUCCCUUCAAAAACUCGUGUUAUAAUCAACAUGCUCUCAAUUUAACAAAAUUUCCAAAAAGACAGUUUUGCAAAAAUGUUGCAUUUUGAGGAUUUUUAGAUCAUCAAUAACCAAUCAAGUACAUUGUACAUGUAUUGAUAAACUAUGAAAGCAUUAUGAUAAGUUGUCAGAAAACAUACUUUUCAAAUUAUCAUAAUAUUUACUGAAUUCCAAAAUAUUGUCUGCAAUGUGUUUAGGAACUGAUGGAUGUCAGUGUAGUUAGUAGCCUGGACUGGCUACACUUGUCCCUACCACUCAAGGUCGUUUAUACCUUGUGACCAGUGUAAAUAUACAUCUUGGUUUCAUUUUCAAUAAGUGCCUGCCUUCUAUUGUAUCCUAACACUAUUUCUGGUCGAUUGGACCACAUAUUGUCUGGAAAAGACGAGAGUUUGGUCUAAACAUUACAUAAAACUAAAUACAGUGGGACCAAGCACGAUCUACACAGGGCUCUUCUCUACGGGGGUCAGCUAACACUAUUUCCUUCUAAAACUAUGAAGACUUAUUUCAAAUUUAUGUUUAGUUACUUAGUUUUUUCUCAUGUUUAGAUAUCAUGUUAAAAAAUAUUCAUCUCCGACUUACAUUUCAAUAUUGAAUUAAUGAUAUUCAGACUUGCAAUGUAAUAUCAAGUUAUAAAGAUUUUCAUAUUUACAUUGUAAUACUGAGUUUUAAAGAUUUAGACAUACAUUUGUUAUAUUGAGUUAUAAUGGUUUUCAUAGACAUACAUUAUAAUAUUGAGUUUAACGAUAGUCACCUCCAGAUUGACAUUGUAAUAUUGACAUAUAAGAUUAUUCCUUCUUCAGCAUUAAAAUAAUUUUUCUUGUACAUAAAUGAUAUGCAGGUUUGUUUAAGUAGAAUGUGUUUGUGACUGACAUGAUUGUUGUAGAGAUGGUAGUACACAGUAACAGUAAUGUUAGGGGUACAGACAUGACUCACUGUAGGAUGUUAUUAUACUGACAUGUAAUUAUACAAUAAGUGCUGUUUACAAGAUUCUUCACCUGGUAAUAUAAACUAAACAUGGAGAUAUAUUUUACAGAUGUAUCUGUGUGCUGCGGAAAUCCAGGGUCAUAUCAGAAUUAUAGCUAUUAGAAAUUUGAGAAUUUAAAAACAAAAUAUCAAACAAAGGUAGGAUUGGUUUAUAAUGGUUGAAUUUUACAGUACUAUAUGCCAAUGUUGCUGUCAAAUGUGAAUAUAAAGCAUCAAAAUAAAGAUGAAUGUUUUGACUGGGGAAGAACUCUAAACAGAAAAAGUAAGGGUUUUCUACAGCUUCAUCUUUUACACCAAAGAGAGAGAAAAGUGGAACUCUUCUUUGUAACUAUCAUAAAACUACAGUGGUACUCUUUACCUUAAUACAAACAGUGCUCAUACUUGUGAUAAGGCAGUGAUCUGUUGCCAUGGAAAUCAUUGUUUUUUUUGUAAAUUACCCAGUUAAUUUAUAUUUGAUUUUUUGAAUGAUUCAUAUUUCUCUGUAUAUAUAUAGUUAAAUACUUGUCACAUAAAAAUAACAGACGUCUUCAACAACUGUCACAUACAUGUGGUUUUGUUAUCAAAGGCUGUUUUUUUCAAUGAUUGAAAUUUGUGAUGUGUUAAAAAAAACUUUGAUGCAAAGAGGAUUUUGUUUUUCAGAAAACAUAGAUGGACUAAAAUAUUAUCAUUUCAUAUUAAUUGUAAUUACAUAUAUCUGUUUUUAGCAAUUUUGUUCUAUCCUUGAAAAUGACAACAUUUACAUUGCUUUCAUUUCUAUCCAAAGUCAGUGGUAUAUGGAAUAAGCUGUAUUGAAAUUUAUUUUUUUAACUCAUUUGUGCCAUUGUCACAUUGUUGUACUAUUAUCGUUUUUAAUUAAUCAGUAAACAUCUUGACUAUAUAUGUUUAAAUUUCUCAUGCUGCAUUAAAAUAACAGAAAACGUUCGGAAACUGGAAAUUAAAGAAUUUUUUCACGUUUUCAUGCAACAUUUUAUGAUAAAAACUUUACACAAUAUAUUAAAUGAUAUGUUUGUUGCCAAAUUGUAUAAAAGUAAUUAUUUCUAGUUGAUGGUAAACCUCAAUGAUUGUUAUCAUUUCAGUGUGUACAGGACGGGCCCCAGCUUAAUAAAAAUACAAUUUUCUACAGGAAAGUAUUACAGAAUUGAAGAAAGUUACUUAGGGCUAUUCCAGAGUUAUCCAUUUUGAUGGGUGGUGGGGUUGAAUCCCGAUUUUUCUGGUAUGGAUAUCCCAUACACUAAAUAUGUUUUGAUAUUAAAUAGGUUGUGGGGUCUCAUAAAAAAUGUGGAUAAAAAAUGCCUCGCACCCCUCCCACACAGAUAAUUUUGGAACAGCCCUUAACUAUGAUUUAUUUUUCUCAAAUCCAAAAAUGCUUUCUUAUAGAAAAUUUUAAAUUCUUGAAUUUACUGUAAUGAAGGAAUGUUGAUGAAACGGAGGCGUUGAGUAAAAAUGGUGAGAGUGUGUGUUUUCUAUAUUAAAUAUUUCCUGUUGUUCCUAUCUGCACAUUGUUAGAGUACUUUACUCAUUGUUUAAUACUUUAGAUGUUGUUUUAUUUCGCUGUGUAGAUAGGGGUUGGAAUAAGUGAAGCAAAAUAUACCUGAUGAAUGAAAAAUAUUGUGAAAUACUGGGAAUAAAUAUAUCAUUCUAUAUAUAACGUUUUGCAAGCUUCAUGUGAUCGAUAUGCAAAUAUCAAUUCCUGAUUUAGUUAUUUCAAUUUUGAUAACAAUUAUCUAUGAACAUGGUUAUCGUUAAGGAUUUAGAUUGUAGUAAAAUAUCAAAGAUUAUUUCAACUUUUCGUUCUACAAAGAACAUUUUAAUACUAUUGUACCUGCCCCAUCAUUGCACCUCCACCCUUUUUGACACAGGGGUGAAAUACCCCUGAGUCAUUACAGGUAAAGGGAAUGUCUGAGCUAAUUGAAGCAUAUAAAGUUUCUUACCUCACUGAUAACCAAUAUAAUCUUUAGUCUUAACCAAAGACUCUGGAUUGUUCUCGCUACAUAAAGGUAUAUAAAUGAGAAGGAAAAGUAAUUUUUUCCACUCAUAGAAACUUUUUCUUGCACAAUUAAUAUAUCAAGCACACCCUUUAUGUGUUUUUGUAAGUGUACAUUGCAUUUAUUAGGUCGAAUAAGAUAUGUAAAAUUUGAAGUACAUUAUGUACCUGUAACCAGAAAUCAAAGUCCGGAUAUAGACCUAAUUUUAUGAAAUAGCCUCAAUAUAUUUCUGGUUAAUUAUUUGGUAUUCACUAGAAUUUUGUUGUGAACAUCUGUUGCUAUAACUUUUAAUGUUUUGUAAAGUUAAGAUUUGUUAUCAUUAGAGGAUGUUAAGUUUUGAAGUGGAAGAUUUAUAAUCAGAUCUUUAAUCUAGUGCUAAGGCAGUGUGGCUAAGGUUUAAAUAUUUUAUUGUUUCAGGUGUCAAAAUUUUUAAAACAUGUCCAUUCCAUAGUGUCGAUCCUCCAGCAGUUGUGCAGUUACAAAUGUACUGGUGAAGUAUGAUGGUCUAUCAUGGUUAUAAAUGAGAUUUUCUAUUAUGUUCUCUAACAAAGGAUGUUUUUAUUGACGUAUGUUAUGUACCACAGAACCUUAUACAGGUUAUUGUCAGUCCUGUACUGUAAAUGUCUUUUACAAAUGUAUUUUGUGAAAUUUGUUCACCAGGGCAGGACCUUUGUUCAUAUUUAUGAACUUGUACUUGUGCUCAAAUGCAUACAUAUUGUGCUCAGACUCAAAUACUUUUGGUGAUAAAUCUGAUAAGUCAAU